AACAAACAAACAGAUUUGUUUCAACUCCUCAUCUCUUUCUCUCGUCACUGUCAAAUAAUCUGGUUCUUCUUUAAAUUUUCAAUUUUGACACCAAUUUCUCUAUGUAAGUACUAAUCAUUCGCUUAUCUCUGUACAUAUUAGAUUUUCACGAAAUCUUUUUUUCAUUUUGGAGUAAACAAUUUCGAUUUGUAGAAGAUAAAAGAAGAUUCUCGUUAAAGUGCUUCAUUCAAACUCAAAAAAAGUAGUUUGAUUUCUUCGGCAUAACCCCACCACUAUCAUUACAUGAUACCAGUUCGUUGAUUAUUGUGCAGCUAAUUGCUCCACCCACCUCCUUUUCGCCUGAAUUUUAGGGUUUUCGCUCCUUCGCAAUUUCAAAUUAAUAUUCCUUCUGGUGGUGAAAUCAUCUUGAUUUCCCUGUUUCUCGGUCUCAAAAUUUUCAAUUUAACUUCCCACUUUUGUACACAGCGUUUCUCUUUUUUUUUUCUUGAUUGAUCGUACUUGUGGUAUAUUUUGGAUUCACUUUACUUCUUAGAAUAUCUUCUCCUUAUCAAAAAGAGAAAGGGUGGUCUUCUCAUGGCGUUUCAGCCGUCGGAUCGACCAGGUCCAAGCUCAGGAUCGAGUUCAAGUUCUGGAUUUCAGCAUAAUUCCCCUUUUGGUGAUACCACUUUGACUAAAAUUUUUGUCGGAGGGCUUGCGUGGGAGACACAAAGUGAAACUCUGCGACAAUACUUCGAGCAAUUUGGAGAAAUUUUUGAAGCUGUUGUGAUCACUGAUAAGAACACUGGCAGAUCCAAGGGCUAUGGUUUUGUGACUUUUCAAGAACCUGAAUCUGCAAGGAGAGCAUGUCUUGAUCCUGCUCCGGUUAUUGAUGGGAGACGAGCAAAUUGUAAUUUGGCCUCACUUGGAAGGCCUCCUCGGCAUUCGUUGCCAUUUGGAUCUUUGAGAUCACCAACGCCUUAUUUUGGAAGUUAUGGCUAUCAACAACAUCUUCCUUAUAGUUACCAACAAGGAUUAACAUAUCCCUCAUACACGUAUCCAACAUUUGGUCCCGAAUACGUCUACCCACAGGGAAUUUACAAUCCAUAUGUGGGUCAGCAACAAUAUGCUCAGAUAUAUGGUGUACCCAACACACAAGUGUAUCCAUACAACCAAACAUUGAGUGGUCAACAGAUUUUUCAAUUUGGUGGGCCCGGUUAUAACGGAAUUCAAACUUCUUCAAUUCAAGCACCAUAUCCAACAGGUGUUGCAGGGCCUAUUUCGGUAGUUCCUGCACCACCACAACCACAGUUCAUUCAAGGGGGAGGGGCCUUUGAUUUACCCUUGCAACCUAUUCGCAUUCUAGAGGUCAUAUACAAUCAUGCUCACCAGAGAAGGUAUCUUCCGAUUUGCUUCUAGUGAUGGGAGAAGUUAUUGUCCAAUUUGCCUCUUCUUCCUUAGUGCCACCACUUGGCUUCUUGGUCUACUGGUAUUAUGGAAUACCGGUAGAAGUCGGUGUCCAUGGUUCUAUGUAAUAAACAAGAACUGACAUUGGAAUCAACAUAUGAUUCUUGUUAAAUUCACAAUGCCUGUUGUUAUUAUCCUGUCUCCCAAAGGGUGGGGGCUCAGGAUCUUCUUUUACUUAAAAAAGCAUAAUUAUGUGUUUAUGUGGCUUGGUGCUUUUCACUUAUAAUACGCUGCUUUUAAUCAGCAAUCAAACUCAAUCCAAUCGU